AAGAAAGUAGACAGUGAUAGCGAUGCCAAAAUAACCUCUUCAAAGACCACACUAAGCUUAGGCAAUUUGAGCAAGCUUGCCUAAACUUUCUCUCAUCUGGUAUUGAGGUCCUACGGUUUCCUGCCUCCCUGUAGGCUAUUCCAGAACUGUGUUACACUUGCUCAAGGCAAACAGCCCGGGGCUUGGAACUAGGCGCUGCUGCCUUGACUGGUACCAUAGCUAAUGACAGCGGAACUCCUUGAUUGGGUAGAAUGUUUCUCAAUUUCGUGGUAGGCCAGUCUCAGCUUACACAGCUUUGUCAAUUGCUCUAUAAAGCAGACAGGAUGCUCACGGUUUCUUCCCUAGUCGACUUGUUCUCUUAUCUUCGGGCUCUCUUGACAUAACUGCUUCUUGAUUCCUGUGACUUUCGUAUCUCUCUAUAAGCUUAUUUGUUCUUUGGAAUCAUCAUGGGUACUCCUCAGCCUCAUGAACUCAACGUCGUCGAGGGCGAUGACACCAGCUCCAUCGUGAGCUUCGAGGACAUCCCCCCUAGGUCCAGGCCGAGAUAUAGACAUAGUCCGCCCAUGGUCUCUAUGCCCAGGGUGUGCCCAAAAACAGAAAUCCUCAAGAUCGAUGGCAAAGUGCCAGACGUCCUUCAUGUGGUCAAGUAUCUCGGUUGGCAAAAUAAUGUCAUAGAAUGCCGUCAGAGCGACGCUGCUUUCAAGCAUGUUCCCCCGUAUGGAUUCAAUGGCGAUAUCAACGUCGUAGUCGAUGACGAUGCAACUGGAGAUGAGAAGCCUGUUAUCGAGAUCAUCACGAAGGUCUUACCCCGGAGCCGUUCCCCCAUCCCUAUCCACCGUCGGUCUCGAGGACCUCGAGACCAGGAAGACAGGCCGAUUACUGAAGCAUUCGAGAACAUUGAUUAUCGCUACGACAAUCUCUACCCCGAUGAAGGUCAAGAUCCCGAGGUUCCUGGUCCAGAAAUUUCCCGUCCCUUCAUGAUCAUUCAUUCAGAUCACCUUAUCAAUGCCCUCAAGGCCGUAGUAGCCUACUAUCCUUACGUCAGCUUUGACGGCAAGCCUGUCAAGAUCAAUGCCCCUUACCGGGUCCUCUACCAUCAUAGACAGGAGCUCGCCCGUUACAAGGAUAACCAACCAUUGGCCCAUGACACUGACUACGCCGCGACUACAUCAAAGCAUAUUGACGUUCUCCUCAAGUUCCUUGACGAUAACCUCGGCGAUGAGAUCCGUCGUGAGGAGCGUCGUCAUCAACUUGCUACCCCAAGGGCUACCUUUGAUCUUUUUUGGCUUCUGCUCAAGCCAGGUGAAGUCUUCUACGCAAAACGCUAUGAUAUCUGGACCCCAUAUGUUAUCAGUAGCGUCACCAUUGGACAGGGAAACAACAACUCCUGUGAUGUGUAUAACAUUAAUUGCUGGAUGCUUGAGUCAAACGGUACAAAAGUCAAACGCUUCAUGUUCAGCUACAACCUCUCUCCUUGGCUUGGUGAGCAAGCCAUCGGGAGCCUUUCCAUCAUCCCUGCAGCUUUUUGGCCGGAAGACCUCGAAGCCCAAGGUGGAAUGGCAAUGAAGGAAAAGAACAUUGCUCUAGGCAAGCUCUAUUGGGAGCUCUUGAAGCGGCCAACAUACAUGGAUUACGAGGGACUUCUUGUGAAUUCUGGGCCCAGCAACAGACAAUGCCGUGGGCCAACCGGCUUCAUGUGCGGCCGUGUCAUAUGUGAUGCCCCCGGGUUUGAUACAUUUUAUAAUCAAGGACCCGAUAACAUGCGUGGAGGUCGCUACCAUCGCGUCCCGGUUUACAAUGAAACCGCGCCUCCCUCCAAGGACCAUCUUCCCAAGGAUCUCCCGCGAUGUGGCUGCGAUGCCUGUAUGGCAAACCGCCCAAGCUAUAGUACCGAAAGCCCGUAUCAUGGAUUCGAAGAUCUUGAUCCUACCCAAGACUCUCCCCCAGAUAGUGACCUCUUCUAUCUUGUGUGCAGUAAGACUAUGCCAGGAUUCCUCCUUGGCGACCGCCGAUGGGGUCACUUGAACAUCGCCAACCUGAAGCAGCUGAAGACGGACAAGGAAGCUUUCAAGUAUCUUGUUCUUGACGAUGAGGUCAAGAUGACUGUUAAGGCCUUGAUUGGAAAGUUUGCUGCUGACUUGGGAGACGGGAAGCUGUCCCCCUGGGGCAAUGACUUUGUGAAGAACAAAGGAGAAGGCCGAAUCUUCUUGCUCCAUGGUGCACCUGGCGUUGGAAAGACGUGCACCGCCGAAUGCGUCGCCGAGCUCACCAAUCGGCCUCUUAUUUCACUUACCAGUGGCGAUCUUAGCGUCGACUCGUUCAAUGUUGAGGCCAACUUGAGCUACUUUCUUGAGCUUGGUCAACGCUAUGGUGCUCUUGUCCUUCUUGACGAAGCGGAUGUCUACCUCGAGCGCCGUCGCUCUAAGGAUAUUACCCGGAACGGCCUUGUAUCUGUGUUUCUUCGGGCCCUCGAGUACUACCGCGGAGUUCUCUUCCUGACGACCAAUCGUGUUCAGUCAUUCGAUACUGCAUUCCUCAGCCGUAUUCAUGUCGCAUUGCAUUACAAGAGUCUUACUCACGAGGACUGUGAGCGCAUCUGGACACAUAACUUUGAUCGCUUGAGUCGAGAUUCAAACGGUUUGAUCCAUGUUUCUGGUGCGGCUCGCGACUUUGUGUGGAACAGCCAUGAUGUUCGUAGUCUGAAAUGGAAUGGGCGAGAGAUCCGCAAUGCCAUGCAAACAGCCCUCGCUCUGGCCGAGAAUGAAGCUCAAGGGGAGAAUUUGGAGCGGGUUACAAUCAGUGAGAAGCAUCUCAGGGCAGUUGUGAAGAUGAGCCGUGGAUUCCGCGACUACAUCAAAACCGCAGUCCCCCUUGAGGGAUUCGAGAAGACUCUCAACGAUUCUGACGAGGAGUGAGACGAGGAGACUCAAAUUCUCUCUUUAAUAUGUGUGAUUGUGAUUUUAUUCCUUUACUUGGACGAUACAUGCAGUCAGGCAAUAUGUUUCGCAGGCUCAGCGUCCAUUCAGAAAUCUCUUUAUUAGUACUUUAGCCAGUAAAGAUUUAUGACCCCAGAUUGAAUACACGAACUUCAUG